AUGAUCUCUGAUAUUCAAAACUUCUCAAAUGAUGGAUCAAAAAAGAAUGAACUUCUUUUAUUAUUAACGAUAAAUAAUAAUAAAGAACAAUUGAAUGUAGACAUGCAUAAUCCAAAGGAAAAAGACAGACACAAUUGUAACUUAAAUACGAUACAGGGAAAUACAAGUGUCACUGACAACAAUAGUAAUAUCAAUGAUGAAACAAUUUAUGAAAGUAGUGUGUCUAAUGUAAAAAAUGUAGGACAAAAUAUUAUCCACCGUAUUGUUAUAGAUGAAAAGGAAGACAUUAAAACAAAUUACAAACAACAUGAAACAUAUGAUGUGAAAUGUUCUGGAAGUACAAAAGGGUAUUUACAAAAGAGUAAUUUUAUUACUUUGUGCAACGAUGAAGAUCUAAAAUACGAACAAAAUGAUGGCUAUAUCAAUAUAAACAAUAAAAUUUCUGAUAAUAAAAGAAAUAACAUUAAUUAUAGCAGUAAUGAUAGUACAAGCGAUAGUAGCCAUAAUAAUAGUAUGUUUUAUGAAGAUUUAUCAACCUCAUCAAAUAGCCAAAUGUCAGUUUUGAACUUAAAUGAUUCGGAAAAUUGUCAAUUGAUGGAUAUUAAUUCGACGGAAGUUAUUCAAAAUUUAAAAAAUAGCAUAGAUAUCAAUUUAAAGACUUUUAAUAAUAAUAAUAUUUAUGAAAAUGACAUGAAUGCAAAUAUGCAAGAUGACCAAUUGUCUAUCGAUGAUAGUCCAAAUAAAAAUUGUAACAUAUAUAAUAAAGAUUGUAUUGUCAUAAAUUAUAUAAGAGAUAGUGGUAAUUACACUGAUCAAAAUGAAAUUGCCCAAAAUAGCGAUGGAGACAAAGAAAGGGAAAUAUAUCAUAAUAUUGGUGACAAUAAGAAAUAUACGAGGAGUUAUGCAAACAGAAAUAAUAUGGUUGAUGAUGAAAGAGACAUAAAUGUUGAUAGUAGGUAUAAUAAAAUAAUAAAGAAACAAACAGAUAAUAUAUCCAUUAAAAACUGUGUAAAAAUUAAUAAAUCAGAAAAUGGGCAAGCUGGAAUUAAAAAUAUUGAUACAAAUCAGGGAAAAUGUAGUGUGGAAAUAGCUGAUGAUAUAAUUAAACAUCAUAAUAAUACAAUUAAAAAUAAAAAGGGAAUUAAAAAUAUAAAAAAUAAACUUGUAAAUAAAAGGAAAUUAACAAUGGAAAAAAUUAUAAAAGAAAUACACAAAUGGGAAAAAGUUAAUUAUACAUAUGAUAGAUUAAAAAAAUGGAAUAUAUCUGAAAAAAAUAGGUGCAUUAAUAUUUAUGGGAAUCGUGUGCACAUUAUUAGAUAUUUGAAAAAUAAAUAUAAUAAUAUGAACAACUAUAUUAUUUUAAACAACUCUACACACAACAUAGGAAGUCAUACUGUUCUUAAACAAGAUAGCGAAAAAAUCGAAAAUUCAAUAGAAGGUAAAGUUGGAAAAUCUGAACAUGAUUAUAAGCAGUGUAGUGAUAAUAAUAAAGAAAAAUGUAUUGGUGAGCAUAAAAAUAACGGUGUUAAAAGUGGAAUUAAUAAUUCGAGUUAUAUUAAAAAAUAUAUAGCAUUAAAAAGAAUUAAGGAACACUUUAUGAGUUGUAAAACAAAGUGCAAUAAUGCAAAUGAAAAUAAUAAAAAUAGAAAUAUAAAAAACAACAAUAUACACAAGAAAAAAGAUAAAGAACAUAAGAAUAAGACGAAUAAAAAUAUCUUAUACACACUUUUUGAAAAUAAAAAUGAUGGAUAUAGAAAUAUUGUAACAACUCAAAAAAUAGGCCAAGAAGAAAAUAAAAGGAAUAAACAAAAUACAUUAAUAAAAACUGAACAUAUUGGAUUAAUAACAAACCAAUUAAAUAAUUCAAGUAAAAAAGAUGAAGAACCAAAUAAUGAUAAAAAUAUAAAUAUUACACAAGAAAAUAAAAAGAACCAUAUUAAUGUGGAUGCAACAACUAAGUAUAAUUAUCCAUUAAACAUAAGUAACUGUAAUAAUUAUGACUUAAAAGGAAGUAAUGAAGAUAGCGAGCAAAAUAUAAAUAAUAACAAUAUUUUGAAAUGCACAGUAAGCGAUAAUAUAGAUAGUAAAAGCAUAAAUAUAUUAACAAAUAAAUCCAUAAACAACAAAAAUGAUAGUACAUAUUUAAAUGAAAAUAAAAAUGAAUUAAAUAUGUUUCAAAUAACAGACGAACACUCAAAUAAUGCAAAAGUAAAUCAAACUAAUAUAAUUCAAGAUAGACAUAUUAAAUGUAAGGAAGGAAAUAUCGAUGAAAAUUUAUAUAGUUCUAAAAAUGGCUUUAAUAUGAAUCUAAAUAUUUUAAAUGAAAAUACAAAAAAUGGUGUUAUAGAAAAUAAUACUAAAAUUUCAAGUAAUCAAAAUAAUGAUCAAACAUCUAACAAAAUUAAUAAUGAAAACUUUAAAGAUGUAUAUCAAUCAGAUAUUAAUAUAAACACUGAUGAUUCAUUAAUAUAUGCAAAUGAAAUAAAUAUGAAAAGUUUACAUAAUAAUAAUAAUCGAAUUGAAGAAAGUAGCUUACCAAGAAAUACAAAUAUGUUAAACUAUAUUAUAAGUAUAUUAGGGAAUGGUAAUCAUGAAAUUUGUAAUACAUUAAUAAAUGGCAAUAACUAUAAGAAAAAUGGCUCUUAUGAAAUUACAAUUGGUAAUAAUAAAUCAGGAAGUGGUGUGUCUAAAAAUAAUGAAUAUUCAGAUAAUGUACAUACCAAUUUACCUUUAUUCGGCGGUAUAAAAAGUUAUGUCACAUAUCCUUACAACAGCCAAAUAUUAAAAACAAACCAAAUGAUGAUACAUAAUGAAUACUCUCUAAAUACUACCACAAAAAACAUGAACAACAAUAUGAUUAUAUUAUACAAUAACAAAAGUAACGACAAUAAAUGUAGUAACAUUAGUAUGAGUUUGAAUAGUUAUUAUAGCCGUAUAAAUAAAUAUCAUGAAAAUAUUACGAACUAUUGUAAUAAUAAUAAUUAUAGCAUAUUUCCAAAUUUACUAACAAAUUUUUAUAAUAAUUUUUAUCAAGUUCGUCCAAUUAUUACAUCAAAUAGUGAUAAUUAUGAAUACAUGGAAAAUAAUUAUAAAAAUAAUAUAUAUAAUAGAAAAUAUAAUACAAAUUAUGAAAACAUUAAUGAAUUAGAUAGUUUAAAUUUAAUUAAUUCAUCGAAUUUAUUAAAUAUAGAAAUUAAUGAUAAUUGUAAAAUAAGCUAUAUUAAUGACAAAAAUUAUAAUUAUUUGAACCCGUCAUAUAUAAAUCAAUUCGAUACAGAAUUAUAUCAUGGAAAUAUUUUAGAUGCCAUAAAUAAAGAGACAAAUAUAGAUGUAAUUAACGAAAAGGUUUCAAAAAAUGAAUUAGAAAAUGAAAGAAAAAUUGAAAACGAAAACAAUGAUAUAAUAAGAAAUAAUGAUAAAGAAAAUAAUGAAAAUAAUUAUAAAAAUUGUAAAAAUGAUUCUCUAAAAGAAAAUAAUAAUAUUGAUAAAAUUGAUCAAAACAUUAGCAUCAAUCACCCAUGUAACGAAAAUAGUGCAAUAAGUAUUAAACACAAUUUAAAUGAUGAAAGAACAAAAAAUGGAAAUAUUGAAGGAAAUAUAAAAAGUGUAGAAAAUUAUAACAAAGAAUUAAUAAAAUCAAAUAAAAUUGAUAAUAAUGAGCAUGAAUGUGUAUAUGCUAAUAAUAGCACAUCUAAUGGGUUCAAUAGAAGUGAGGAAAAUGAAAUAUGCCAAAAUUCACAAAAGGAGGAACAAGAAAGUCAUAAUAUUUUAGAAUCACACAUUAAUAAUUUUGAAGAAAAUAAAAAUGGAAACAAUUGUAUUAACAAUUAUGAUGAAAUGUUAAAAGGCAAUAAUGCAAAUAAUAAUAUUAUUGAUGAUAGAAAUAUAAGAGACAUAAAUAAAGAAAACGAUAAUAGCAACAAUUUUAAUGAUUCUGAAAAUUCUAACAAUAUAAAUAAUAAUAUAUAUGAAAAUAGAAAUCCUAAAAAUAUUAUUUCUACACAUCAAAAUCAUGGAAACUUAAAUGGACAUAACAAUUAUUCAUUUCCAUAUAUGAAUCAAGAAAUUACUAAUAUAAAUAAUAUUAAUUUUGAAAAUAAUGAUAUAACUUUAAAUACAAAUUUGUUAGAUAAUUCACAUAAUAUUGCUUAUGAUAAUAAUAUUCAAAAGGAUACUCAAAAUAAUAUAUGCUACCCGCUUCUAAAUAAUACUCUUGUUAAUUAUAAUGGUAAUGGCCAUUAUUACAAUCCUCAAUUAUUAUUCGGAAAAUAUGGAACUGAUUUUGAAAAUAUGAAUAAAAAUUAUCAAAUAAAUAAUGGAUAUAUAAAUCAUUAUCACCAAAUGGAAAACGGUGAAAUUGUGAAUGUUGGAUUGGAUAACAGUUGUAGCAACUAUUGUAAUAAUGAAUCUAAUGAAAAUUCAAAUAAUCAUUCAAGUACUUAUUGUGAUGGAUAUUGUAAUGGGGAAUAUGAAAAUUGCAAUAAUUCUGGUAUGGUUGGUGUUUUGGAAAAUAACCAAAAUAAUAAUUUAAAUAGUUCUGAAAAUAUUCAAAAUGUUAAUAUAAAUUUUAAUGGAUUCAACAUGCCAUUUAAUAAUGUAUAUAUGGAAAAUGCACAAAAUAACUUAAAUUAUUUUAAUAAUAGUAAUAAUUGUAAUUUUUAUGAAUUAAACUCAAAUUUUCAAAACAUGUCUGAUGAUAAUAAUAAUAAUAAUAUAAACAUUGAUAUGUAUAAUAAUUGUAACACUGGAAAAAUUGAAAAUUUUAACAAUUAUGAAAAUAGCACUUCCUAUAUAUAUACAAAUACAAAUACGAAUUCCGCUCCCGUAGACACAAAUAAUGAUAAUUAUGAAAAUUUUUUAUGGAAUAUUUCUAAAGUAUGUAAUAAUAUGGGGAAUGUGUACUAUGCCUUCAUUAGUAAUGCUAAUCAAGUUGUCCAAGGGAUGAAUAAUCAUUUAGAAAAUGGUUUAGAAAAAAUGAACAAUUUUAGGAAUGGUUAUGCUUGCUUGGAAAAUAUUAAUAAUGAAGAAGGAAUUUUUAAAAAUAAAGAAAAUGGUGAACAUUUCGAAAAUAGAAAUAAAUGUCAGGAUGAAAAUAAUGAAUCCAUUUCAACUGUAAUACAUAAUGAUGAUCAUGUUAAUUCUAGUAAUGAAGGAUUUGGUAGUGAAAAUGGAAAUGCAUAUCAUAAUAAUGUAAAAGACAAUAUUAUGAUUAAUAAUAAUCCACCAUUAGAAGCUAACAAAAAUAAUAUUACUGAUGUUAUAAAUGAAAACAAAAAUUAUGGUUGCAGUUGGAAUAAAUUUGAUUACCCAAUUAAGGCAGAAAUUGAUGAAACACAUUUGAUCAACAUUUAUAAUAAUUUAUAUGAAAAUCAACAAAUUAAUAUGAUUGAAGAUUCCAAUAUGGUUAAGAAUCUAUAUCCCAAUGAUACUAUUUAUGCAUAUUUAAAUACACAAAAUUAUUUAGAUACAUUAAAUAAUUUUAAUAACCCUAUGGAAUCGUGUUAUUUAAAUAACAAGUUCAGUAAUAUAAAUUAUGAAAAUAAUUAUUGUGUUGAAGCCAUUUCUGACAAAACAAAUAAUAAUAACAAGGAAUGUAUCAACACAAACAUGCUUAACGAUCAGAUGGGUCAAAAUAAUAAUAAUUCCAAUCAUAUGCCAAAACAUGGGGUAUUCAAUAGUAGCAACGGUGAACAUUUUGGUUCAUCCUUUGAGCCAUAUUCUAAUAAAUUUUCUAAAGCAAAGUAUGAAGUAAAUUACUAUCAAAGUAGUAGUUAUACCCAUAACAUUAGUAACAGUAAUAAUGUUCCUCAUAAUUAUGAUAUUCGUGUUAACGGACAAAGAAAAAUUACUAAAAACACCAAAACUAUAACCCGAACAAAAAUGCAAAAAACAAAUUGUAAGAUUGUAAGUCCUGUGAAUAAAAGUAAAAGAAAUCAAAAUAAAAAGAACUUAGGAAAAUCCAAUAAAAUUACACCCAUAAAACAUUCACGUUUUAAUAUGAAUGGUUGCAAAAAAGAGAAAAGUGGAUCUGAAGAAAAGGAAAAUAAUUGUUUAAAUUGGAACGACAGCAACCAAACUGGUACCAAUUGCAGAAUAAUGACGACUAGGAAUCAAAUAAGAAAUGGUAAUUCCAACACAGUUAAUAUUAAUCGAGAAGAACAUGACGAUGAAAAUAAUAGCGUAAUUAAUGUGCUAAAUAAUAAAAGAGGAAGAAGACAAAAAAUUGUGAAAAGAGAAAAUAGGGAUAAAAAAGGGAAAAAAUGUAAAAAAGAAAAAAACAAAAAUGGUGUCAAAGACGGAGAAAUAAAAUUAACAUAUAAAGAGCGUCGCUAUAACAAGAAACAAGAAUUGAAGAGGAAAAAAUAUGAAACACAAAAAUCAUUACUAUCAAAUUUAGAUGAUCAUAUAAAAGAAAUGGUCGAUGAAAUUGUUAAAACUUCUUUUUUACUACCAGAAAAAGGAUUGAAAGGAAGAUAUGCAUUAGAUUACAAUCAUCCUAUUCAUAGUGUUUGGAAAGAUUCAACAAGAGGACAUUGUUCAUGGAGAUGCAGGUGGUGGGAAAAUGGAAGAAGAUUAAGUAAAAAUUUUAAUGUAAAAAGAUUUGGUAAUGAAUGUGCUUUACGAUUAGCCGUUGCAAUGAAAUUACAUAAAAGUACUCCUAAAGAACAAGAACAUUUAUUAAAGCAACAACGAGAGUUUCUAAAAUUAUGUUACAAAAAUAGAUGGAUAAAUACUGAUGAUAAACGUGAUGAAAACUGUAUGGAUAAUAAAAAUGAAGUUGAAACUAAUUCCGAAAAUACCACCAAUAACAAUAUUGAUAAUAAAUCCAAUGAUGCAGACACAAAUAGCAACGUUGACGAAAGUAGCGAUCAAUAUAAUAAGAACAGUGAGCUAAGUGACAAUUGUAGUAGCGAAUAA